AUGCUCAUAAACAUUCAGUAUGCACUCAGGUUCGAAUUUGAGGAAACCAAUAAUGAAGCAGAGUAUGAGGCCGUCAUCAUAGCUAUGGAACUCGCCAUAAAUCUCGAGCUUGAAAAUAUCAAAAUUUACAGUGAUUCCCAGUUGGUGGUUGGACAAAUCAAAGGGACGUUCGAUAGGAAGGACGAGAAGAUGAGCUUAUACUGCUUGAAAGUGCAUGAUCUCCAAAGAAGGUUCAAAAGUUGUGAAAUCAUGAAAAUUACUCGAGCUGAGAAUUGUAAGGCCGAUGCCUUGUCAAGAUUGCUGUUCAUGGGACUAGAUGGACUUGACAGGACAGUCCACGUUAGAAUUGUAACUGAGCCAAGCAUCAAUCAGACCAUAGGUGUCAUGGAUAUUGAUAAUGAACCAUCGUGGAUGGAUCCAAUAGUGGACUUCAUAAAACAUGGCAGUCUUCUAGAAGAUCCUCGAGCAGCAAGAAGCAUCCGGUCCAAAGCUCCGAGGUAUUGCAUGAUUGAGGGAGUUUUGUUUUGCAGACGCCUCACACUUCCAUACCUCAAAUGCCUUAGGCCUUCCGAAUCAUCCCAGGCCCUAGAAGAAGUUCAUGAAGGAAUAUGUGGGAACCAUCAAGGAGCUCGAGCAUUAGCCUUCAAGCUCACAAGGGGGGAAUUGAAGUUUGUGGCUGUGGCUGUAGAGUAUUUCACUAAGUGGGUGGAGGCUGAGCCUUUAGCAACAAUUUCAGAGCCUAAGUUAAGAAGUUUCAUUUGGACAUCCAUGAUAUGCAGGUUCGGGAUACCGAAAGUCCUCAUAACUGAUAAUGGCAGGCAGUUUGACAAUGCACAAUUUAAAAACUUCUGUUCCAACCUAGGGGUUGAUCACCGUUUGACGUCGGUUUCCCAUCCUCAAAGUAAUGGUCUCGUCGAAGUGACCAAACGGAUUAUAUUACAAGACCUCCGCACAAGGAUCGGGGAUGCAAGGGGUUUCUGGCCUGACGAGUUACCUUCCAUACUUUGGAUGUAUAUAACGUCCCACAUAACUGCUACGGGGGAAACCCCCUUCAUGUUGGAUUUUGGUAUUGAGGCCGCCAUCCUUGUUGAAGUCAGGUUGCCCAGCCAAAGAAAGCUUGAGCUCGAAGAUGCAGGGCGUACCACUGAACACCUCGACCUCUUGGAAGAAGUUCGUGAUCAGGCAGUUUUAAGAAUGGCCUCCUACCAAGAUAAAAUAGCAAAGUAUUUCAAUAAAAAAGUGAGGAUGCGGAGAUUCAGAGCCAGACACCUUGUGUUAAGAAGGGCCGAAGCAGCAGGUCAUACCCCGAGCAAGCUAGGACCAGUUUGGGAAGGGCCUUUCGAAGUCAUACGACAUCUCCAAGGAGGCACAUACAGUUUAAGGGAUACAACUGGAAGACCACUUCCAAGACCAUGGAACGCCGAAAAUUUAAAGAUAUAUUACAAGUAA